AUAACGCCAGCGACAAAUUUAGUAACCAACCUGACGUGCAGGAAGACACUGCCAAACCAACAAAGCGAGUUACGGUCGCGACAAAACCAAGAGUGUGAAAAGAACGAAAUUACAACGAACAAAGCGGAAGUGGCUCAUUAUUUUCAAAAUCGUUAAAGAAAAUUUUCAGAAAUGGCAAAAUUGGUAGCAAUUUUGUUGCAUCUGCUUUUUUUCAUAGUUUGUAUUUGGCAAUUCGGCUCCGCCACUGUGCAACCGCGCGCUCCAAAUUUCCAAUACUUUGAGCGUCCUAAAUAUCGUUACCCCUACUAUGACGAGAACGGACGAGGAAAACUUCUCUAUGGCUAUGGCGGUCCGGAUUUGUAUCAAUACAAAACUUACACCCCUUUGGAAGGCAUACAUUAGUCAAUGUCUUUGGCACCUGUCAAGAGACUUAGGCAAACACUCGUACAUGUUUAGUUUUUAAAAAUAAUAUUAAUUUAUUUUAAUGUAAUAAGUUUUUUCCAAUUUAAUUUUGCUAUGGUUUCUAAACACUCACAAAUAAAUUUGUUAUAUAAACUUAAUAAUCCACCUUAAAAUUAAUAACUACGAUGCCUGCUUCUAUCAUUAAAAUUUUUUUUUACAAAAAAUUGUAUUAAUUUAAAGGUGCUACCAAGUGGUACUACGCAAUCAGAAUUUGAAGAGUAGUCUUAAUACAUUCCACUGACACAACUAGGAGCGUCCUAUUUGUAUUACUGGCUGACACAAACCCACCACGAAAAAAGACUGUUGCAUACAUUAACAUUCUCUCUUUAAUAACAGAAUUCUCAAACAGCCUGGCAACGCGACAAUUAAAUUGUACUAUUUCAUAAUAUGGCACCACUGAACGUGGUGAUUAAUAUAUUCUGCCAAUAACAAAAUUGCACAAAAUUGUUUGUGUUAGUACAUGCUUUUUGUAGCAUAACCAUUUUGCAAAAUAAAUUGAUUUAAAUAAAUAUGUCACGAAAAGAAGCACUCUCACAAUUCAUAAAUCAAAUACAUGGGCGACCUGUGGUGGUUAAGCUAAAUAGCGGCGUUGAUUACCGUGGUGUUCUGGCUUGUCUGGAUGGCUACAUGAAUAUUGCGCUCGAUCAAACGGAGGAGUAUGUUAAUGGGCAGCUCAAAAAUAAGUACGGCGAUGCAUUUAUACGCGGUAACAAUGUGCUCUAUAUUUCCACGCAAAAAAGGCGCGUAUGAGAGAUUUAAAUGAAACUUUUCAUCUUCUCGCAAAUUCGGAAUAAACAAAUUUU